AUGGCAAACGCCGGACUCCAAGCCAAGCUUCGUGCGCUUCCUGUUCUAGAAGGAGCAUCGCAUCCAAAAGCAGAAUUCGCUUCAUUCCCCGAAACCCCUCACCAAGCAUUCGAGACAUGGCUCGACGAGGCUAUCUCCGCCAACGUCCCCGAACCUCACGCCGUAACUCUCUCAACAGUCGAUGAGCAAGGCUACCCCGAUGCCCGUGUCCUGAUCCUCAAGAAGAUCAUCGCGGCUGGCACUUCGCCAUCAAAGCCACCAGCCCCAAAGGUCGAUUGGACGGCUCGAUCGGCUAUGGCCAAGAUCACUGCCAAGGUGUCGAGGCAGAGCGAACCACUUAAUGACCCGCAUGAGCUGGAAGCCAAGAUGGCGGAAGCCGUGAAAAGUCAUGAGAUUGAGGGACAAGAGCCAAGUUCUGAGGGAUGGGUGGUUUAUGCGGUGGCGCCGCAGACAGUUGAGUUCUGGCAGGCUUCUAGUGAUCGACUGCAUCAGCGAUUGAAGUACACUCUGGAUCCCGCCCAGAGCACCUGGAGCAAAGCAGCUCUUUGGCCAUAA